GGAAAAAUAGAAAAUCAGUUCGGGUGAAAAUUUAGAGAAAUAACGUCACAGGUACGCAAGUACGCCAAAAUUGAAGAAGAAGAAUGUGAAAAUUUUCAUUUGAACAAAAUUAUAAAAAAAUGCAAGCUUGCAAAAGAAAUUUCACAGAAAUAUUACAUAAUAUGUAUUCGGUAAAAAACGGCAAUCACUUUAUAAGGAAAACUACUUGCGUCGGAUAUUGAAUUAAAAACGAAAUUCGUAAAGUUUUUUUAAUACAAUUUGAAUUUCAAUUUGAACAUAGGAGCUGAGCAGAGAAAAGUUCCAAAAUUUUUUCACAUUGAGCAACAUUGAAAAGAAUUUUUAAUUUUUUACCUAAAAAAUAUUAUAAAAUAAAAAAUACAAUUUUUGCAUUACAGUGAAUGAUAAGACUCGCCAUAAGUUGUUUAAGACAAAAAAAAAAUAUUGUAUUUUCUUUUAUGCAUUUAAGUGAGUACUGAAAUUUCACGCAGGCGGAAAAAUUUUGCGACAAAUCAGCGAAACUGGAACAAAAUUAAAAAUUUUAAUCUAUGAAAAUCGCGUUUCGCCGUGCAAACAACUCUGUAUUUUUAUACUUUAGUACAUAGUGGCUUUAAUACAUAGCUCUACUAAAGAGGAAGAGCAACGUCGAGGAACAACACGACCAACGACCAAUAUACGGUCAGCAGUACGACGUUACCAUUAUUAAAGCAGAUAUACUAUUUGUACGUUGUUGUAGUUGGUGGAAGCUGCAUAUUUUCCAUUGCUGUGGAGCACCCCGGAAAUGAAACAAGCAACAAUAUCCUGCGCCAUUUAAUUGUUGCUCUCAUCAGCUUUCAAACCGUAUUUACAGUGCUUUUGUCACAAUUCACCUGGACGGUUUUAAGCAAGAAGUGUAUUCUUCAUUCGAGUCUGUGGAGUUGAUAACAAAUCAUUUUGUAAAAUCUAACUUGCAACCUUAGGCAUAAAAAACACGCGUUGGUGCGUGUAGGCAUAUGUAUGUCUAUUUAGAUAGCUUUUACAUUUAUCAAUAGCUUGGUGAGUUUGGUAAAAACGAAACGAAAACAAAGCACGAAACUGUGACGAAACAAAAGAAAAUGCAGGCACUGAGAAAAUCGGCUAGAAAACUAACGUAAAUACUAAACUCAACCCAAAAGCAGAGCAAAGCAACGUUAAGAGAAACAACAUAGGCGAGUGAAGGGCAUCAUCAGUAGCAACAACAGCAGCGCCACCAAUCACUGUCGGAACGCACCGAGUGGCACUAUCGAGUCCAUUAUCGGUAUUGGAGGAGAACCCAAUCUAUUGCUUAUUUGUUGAAUACUUUUCAUACAGUAAAAUCUGUAAUUGAACUGAAGUAUCUACAAAAAAAUUAAUGAGAGCCGAAAUUAAUUAAGAGUCAAAAAUUGUGACUACCGGCUAAGAGUAAGAGUAAAGGUUUGGAACUCUUAUAAAAUGGAUUCACUUAAAAUUCCAAAAGGUGGUAACAGCAAUGCAGCAGUUGGCGGCGGCAAGCCCACUGGCAGUGUACCAAUCACCGUCCGGUUUAAUGCUGGUGAUGAAUGCAUUGACGAUAUAUUUCAGACAUUUCACAAUAGCAACAACAGUGGCUGUGGUAGUGGUGUGAGUGGUGGAGCCGGUGGUAAUGGAAGCGGAGGGGGUGGUGGCGGCGUUAGUGGCAGUGGUGGUGGUGGUGGUCCAAAUGUCGGCGGCGGGAAUUCCUUGUCGACCAGCCCAUCACAACAUCACCAGCUUCAGCAACAAAAUAUGGAAGAUGUAAAUACAAGGAAUAACUUUCUGCAAGGCAACUUCUUCAAUCGUAAAAGUGGACUGCCCAACAAGCAACAGCUUUCACCGAAUCAUCCCUGUCCGCCACAUGAUGGCAACAGUCCUACUUCACCUGGUGGCGGCGGAUCUCCUUAUAACGGUUCACAGGCUGGUGGCAGUGGCGGCAUUUCGCCGAAUUCCAAUGCGGGCAUUUCACCUAACAAAUACCGACGCAGCAUAUCAUUCCCGAAUAAGGGCGGCACCUCGCCCACACCCGGCUAUUCGCUAGACAUGAACGCCGCACAGUCCCAUAUACCCACACUGUCAGUGGGCAAUAGUGGUAGUCAAAGCGCUGGCGCUACUGGCGGCGGUGACGCACCCUACCUGGGUUCUGGCUUCACCCCCGACCGUUUGGUGGGCAAUGGCCUUGACAUGCGUCCUAUCGAUCACUGCUUAAAUGAUAUAAUGCGCAAUAUGGGUGCAGUCGGUGCUGGUGGGGACAACAAUGUGGCCGCUGCUGCUGUUCUAGCAGAACGUAUGCGUAAUCAGAAGUUAAGCGAACAUCAUCUCAGCGAAGCAGAUGCUGUGGCUAUAGCAAGUGGUAACGGUGCUGGUGCCUAUUUGGAUGCAAAUUUGAAAUUGAAUUCACCAUCGCGGGCGUCACCACAUUCGCAGGGUUCAGAGCAUAUGGCACGCUAUUCGAGAAAGGUGUUUGUAGGCGGUUUGCCACCAGACAUUGAUGAGGAUGAGAUCACCACGUCGUUUCGACGUUUUGGACCCUUGGUUGUUGAUUGGCCACACAAAGCUGAAUCAAAAUCGUAUUUCCCGCCAAAGGGAUACGCCUUUCUGCUCUUCCAGGAUGAAAACAGCGUGCAGCAGUUAAUCGAUUCGUGCAUCACCGACGAUGACAAGCUUUACCUAUGCGUCUCAUCGCCUACUAUCAAAGAUAAACCGGUACAAAUACGACCAUGGCGUCUGGCAGAUGCUGAUUAUGUACUCGACGCAACCAUGUCAUUGGAUCCGCGUAAAACCGUUUUCGUUGGCGGUGUACCGCGCCCAUUGAAAGCCUUUGAGCUGGCUAUGAUUAUGGAUCGGCUAUAUGGUGGUGUAUGUUAUGCGGGUAUCGACACCGAUCCGGAACUAAAGUACCCGAAGGGCGCUGGACGCGUUGCAUUCGCCAAUCAACAGAGCUACAUUGCAGCUAUAUCGGCGCGAUUCGUACAACUGCAACAUGGCGAUAUCGAUAAACGUGUGGAGGUGAAACCAUAUGUGCUCGACGAUCAGAUGUGCGACGAGUGUGAGGGUCAACGUUGCGGUGGAAAAUUCGCACCAUUCUUUUGCGCCAACGUUACAUGUCUACAAUAUUAUUGCGAGAAUUGUUGGGGUGUCAUUCAUGCGCGCCCCGGACGUGAAUAUCAUAAACCUCUAGUCAAAGAAGGCGCCGACCGGCCACGGGCGGUGCCAUUCCGUUGGUGUUAACGGCGGCGUUAAUAGGGCCAGCGAACAGCCGAGCGAAAGCUACCGACGGCUAAUGGCGGAUGCGCGUCGGUUCAAAACGCGUGGCAAAUGGAAUGGCAAAGAGUGGCGCAACAGGAGUAAGGAUAUUGAAGGAUAUCAAAUUGGCAAUGUGGAAUAUAUGAAAAUUGCGAUUAAAACGGAAUGAAAAAGAGAGAGGUAGCUGUUGUGUGGGAAAAGGCUGGCAGGCAUGGCAAGAUUUCAAAAGUAAAUGCAUCUAAUAUUUUCUGCUUACAGAACAAAUCGAACUGAAGCUGUUAAGUUAAAUGCAUUGAAUUUUUGUUUUUGUUUACGGAAGCCCAAACCACAUUUUGUGCAUAUACAAAAACAAAAAUAAUAAAUGAAAAAAAAAACAACAAAACAAGAAAAAUCAGCAACACACACAUAUACAAAACUACAGGUACACAAAGAGCAAAAGAUGUAUGUUAAAUUUUGCAAUAACAGCAAAAGCAAAGGAUACCAAAAACGGUUUGAAAACUAAGCGCAUUCACAAGUUUUACCAGAACUAAAGCGUGUAUAUGUAGUAGUGUUAGGUUAUAUGAAUGGAGGCAAAAGGAAAUUUUAGAAAAAUUUUAUUACACAAAUAUCUACUUAACUAGAACAGAUAUACAUAUAUACUAAAAUACUUAGCAUGGGCUUAUACUCAGAUAUGUACAUACCGAUGUGUGUGUGUGUGUGAAAAAUAGUAAAAUGCAUACAUAGGUACAUAUAUAGAUAUGUUUAAAAGUAGCAGGCCUAUGAAAUGAAUAAAAGCGAAUAAAAAUAGUUUAGCGAACAAAAACAAAAGCAAGAACGAAAUACUUGAACAAUUUUAUAGCGUUUUCUUACUUACGAAAAUAUCGACUAGUGAUUGCUUCAAAAUUAAUAGGAACUUAGAGCUAUAGCAAAUUACUCAUAAACACACAAAAUCUACAGUUUCAGAAGCAAAUUUUCUACAGCUAAAGUUCGAACAUGUUAUUACUCUAUGAAUACUAGCUAGCCAAAAUUAAUUGAGUAAAAGACACAACACAAGCACAGACACUAAUGCCAAUACACGGUUCAUAUUCAGAAAUAUGGAAGUGAAUGCCUUCCAAUGUCAAGCGCAAUACCGCCAGAUUAGUUUACUGCUUUCAAGCUCCAAUGAGAGCUACUAUGUUUAACAUCCAUACAUACAUGUGCGUGGUGUGUAUGUGUGCGUGCAUAUUUGUAGGCCCCUCUAUUAGCAUAUCGGAUGUGUAAUGCAUUAUGAGUUCAUGUUUAGCUAUUUUUGUUUUUGCAUAUUUGUAUGCAUAUAGAAAAAAUGUUUUCUUUCGAUAUGUCGAAAAUUCGAAAAAGGAUAAAUGGUUUUCAAAUCAGCGCAGUAUUUUUUAAAUUUUAUUUUUAUUGUCAUGAUUAUUAUAUAAACUAAUAUUAGUUAUAACGUUUUUUGAUUUUUUUUUUGCUAUGCUAAUAUAAAUGCCAAAUGCCUUGCAUAUUGUUAUUUAUAUUCACAUGUUAUUAAUUUAAUGGAAUUUAGUUUUAGUUUGAAUUGUAAACAUUUUUAAUGGUGUUUUGUUGUACAAUAGUGAAACGUAUUUUUGAAAAAGGCAAAAAUUAUUUAAAAUAAUUAGCGCACAUUAAAUGGAGUUCCACUGGUGAAAUAUUGAGAAAUGGUAGUAAAUCAUUUUUUUAUUAGUUUUUAAUUUUUAGUAGACACAUUAGUAGUGAUAAUGAAUCCUCGCAAGAUAGAAAAACCUAUUAGUGUAUAGAGAAGCCAAUUGCAUGCCAAAAAGUAUGGAGAAUGUGAGCGUAAAAUUCUAAUGAAGUAAAUGAAAAUGAAAAUGGAGAAAACUAAAGGAAAUUAGAGCGGAAGAAAUGUAUGCUUGUCUGAGUCUACUGGGCUGACAAAAUUCAAUUGUGAAUAGAGAAGCUACCAAAGAUGUGAAAAGAAAAGUGUGAUGAAUAAUUUUGCUCAUUCAUUAAUAAAAUAUAGCGCAUAUAUUAUGUAAAAAAAGUUGUAAGCACUCAACACAUGAAGGCUGAGCCCUCACGAAUCGCUCUAUGAAAAGAGGCGGCAGCUACACCAACUGAACCAACCUAAAACCAGUAGACUUUCGCAAUCAUGACUUAUUUCAAAUACUUUUUAUAGAUAUGUAUUUUUAACAGCUCUGCUCGCCGCGCACACGAUUGUAUAAAGAACUAAAAUCUUUUCAAAAGUAAUUUACUUCAUUUAGCAUUUAGAGUAGUGUUGAACGAUUGUCAUCAUCACCGAUGAAUGUUGCAAGUUAAUUUAAAAUACCUCAGCAAAAAUGUGUUUUCUCGCAAAAAAUUGAAAUACCACCAAAGUCGUGUGUGAAUUUUUGUUGGCUUUUCGUCUUGAAAAGUCAACAACAAUUGUAAGACAACUAACGUGUGUCAACUUCUUAACUAAUAUAAAAAAUGCUAAUAAUAAUAAUAAUAAUAAUAAUAAAAUAUGUUUAGUAGAAAUUUCCAGCGCAUCCUUUUCUGCACACAUAUACCUUUUUCCUAAUUUAGAUAAUAAUGUUUUUUUGUUCCUUUUUAAUAUAGGUAUAUAUUAUUGUAUGCUAAUACUUAAAAAAAGAAAUUUUUUUAUUACACUUUUGUAUGUUUUACUCGUAUUUAUAUAUAAUUUUAUUUGUUUUUUCAUACAUACUUUUCUAUGACCGAAUAAUUGUUAUUGUUUUUGUGUUUGUAUGCAUUUUAUUCUUGUAUGUAUGUAACUAUGUAUUGGUGAUAGCUGAAUUUUUGUUACAAUUUUUAUUUGUUUUUGUUUUUUUAUUAAAAAUAUUGACACUGAUAAAUUUUUAUUGUGUUAAUUGACGCGCCACAUGCACACACACAUGCGUAUGCAUAUAGAAAUAUGUAUAAAUAUUUGCGCAAUUUAUUAUAGAUUGUAGUUUUUGUUUUUGUUUUCUGCUAAUCGAGAAUUGUCACUUAAUUUUUCUAGUUUUGUAUGACUUUAAACCAUUUUUUUAGUGACAGAAAAAAGCCUUCAAUAACACACGAAAUUUCGUGAGUUGUUUUCAGGUUAGACUUGGGAUAUUUGUCUUGGAUACAGCCAAAUGCAUGAGCAAUUCGCUAUUACUCGAUAUGACACCCAACUUGACUUGAAAUCGGUGCAGAAUUUACGUUGAAAACAAAUCGCCAAGUGGCACGCAGUUGAACUUCUUUAGAAUUACUUCAGUAACUGAGACAAUCGUUGCAGUUUGCGAAGUACUAGUAACAUUUUUCAAAAAUGACGCUGUACAUAGAUGUAUAUUUUUUAGCACUGGAAGAAGCUUAACCAAAAUAACCUUAACAAAAUAGGGGACCUAAAUAAAAUAUAAUUACUUUUUUUUCAGGAUAAAUUCUGUUUAAAGAUUCCAAAACAAAGGUUCUUGUUUUUUUGUUUUGUUUGUUUAAUUAUUUUAGAAAUGCUUUCUCGUUUUUCAACUGUUUUCUUUCCAGUUUCAAAUAGGCAGUGCAGAGCAGGUUAUAGUUUAUACUAAAUGAGCGCUCUUUUCGACCACUGAAACGCUUUACAAUUCUACAACAGCAAAAUGUAACAUGUAGCAAGAAAUAAACAAUACCAAAAUACAUACAUACAUAUGCAAAGGAUGUUGCAAUACAUACACAUACAUGUUCACAUACAUAGUGAAUUCAAUUAAAAUAUGAGACAAAAACAAUUGUAAAAUUAAAUAUAAUCUAAUAAUUUCUGGAGUAAAACCAUUUUUUAUAUAGAAGAUUUGUAACAUUUUUAUUAAAUAUUAAAUAAAAAUACUUUAAUGGGGAAUUAAAGUAAAAAUGCGCAUGCAAUAAACUCUUUCUAAGCUUAGGCAAGUCUAAUGGUAUAAAAACAUUAAUAAAAUAUGUAUAUUAAAUUAUUAUGAAAUGUGCAAUAUUAUACUAAUAUUAAUAAAACCAAAGUAGAUCGGAGUGGACUUUGCCUAUAAGCAUACAAGCUUCCAUACAUACAUAUACACAUACAUACAUAGCUAUUUACUUGAUUCGGAUAUACCAUAUCCGAUCGUCAGCAGGAAAUUAGAAAGCAGUGUCAGCAGCAAAAUCGAAGAGGCAGAAAUAAAGUAUGUAAAUGUAUGCAAAUAGCAGAUGUGUAGAAAUAAACCAAAUUUCUAGGUUAAAUGAAAAUAAAAAUGUCAAGCAGCAGGCUAGCCGCUAUAGUGGUAGGUGACUGUCAUUCGUGUCUCGAUAUAUGUAUGUAAAUGAUUUUAAAUCAUAAAUUUUUGUGAAAAAAUAUUUUGGUUUCUUUAAUUAUAGAUUUUUGGUAGAACUUUGGCGUUGAGCCCUUGUUUGCCAAUAAUUUUGCUAAAAAAUACUUAGCCACACUUUUCACAAAUAUUUAUAGCUUAAAAAACAUUCUUGUUGAAGCAGACUAGUCGCAGUAGUGGCUAAUAGUGACUAGUUAUAAUUGCGCGAAUAAAGCUGACUACAGAAACACGCAUACAACUUCAUGUAUGUGUAUAUAAAAAAUUCAUGAUUUCCACUUAAUUUGUGAAAUACUUAGUUGUAUUGUGUGCAGUACGAGUACUUGUGAGUGCUAUAUAUCAGCAUAUACUUAUACAUACAAACAUAAUAUUUGUAUUAAGUAAAAUAUAAAAAAUUAUUUAGAAAAAUUCUAAUAAACUAUCUAAGAAAAAUUGGGAUGAAAUAAGUGAAAAUAAGCUGAAUUGAAAACUACGUAUCGUGCAAGACAAUUGAAAGCAGCUGCAGCAGCCAGUGUUUCAUGCUAGAGCGCUGACUCAAUUACAAGAAAAUGUAUGUAAAUGUGUGUGUGGAAAUAAAAACAUUAUGCGAAAUUGUAUCAUCACAUUAGUUAAAUCUUUUUAGACAAAUUUUUGCUAUUGCUUUACUGAAUAAAUAAAAUUAAUACAAAACUAUAGAAUAAAAAAUAAAAAUAAAAUAAUAAUAAUAAUGUAACGAAAAAUGGCGAAAAUAAUUUAAACAUGGAGGAAACAAAAAAACAAAAAACAAAACAAAUUGAAGAAAAUUAAUUAAUGACUUGUAUCAUGUAUAACUAAAUCGAUAGACAUUUUCUAGGAUUUUUAUUGUUAUUGUAUAUUGGAUAUGUUUUUUUGUAUUGUUCAAAUAUCAAGGUACAUACAUACAUACAUGCAUAUAAAUAUAAAUAAAAGUAAAUUUUCUCGAGUUUUAUAUGUAUAUAUGUACAUACAUACAUACAUACAAACAUACAUGCAUAUGUCCAAAAUACACACUGCAAAUGAUGUAACAUACAUACGUACAUAUGUAUUUAUGUAUAGAAGUCAUUAGUUUUUCAUAAAGAAUCACAACAGUGAAAGCAAAUUUAGUUGCCGCUGAACGCAUGUAUAACACUACAAACAUUGGGAUGUGAGAGGAAAAUGUGCUUUGGAAAAGCUACUAAUAUUGUAGAACUUUCCAAUUGCAAUAUUGUGCACACCUUUGUCCGGUCAGCGUAAAUUGAAAAAUUUUGUUCUUUUCAAAGGAAAAAGCUAAUUUUUGAAAUAAAGUAUGUGAAAUACAUAUAUACACACAUACAUAUAUAUAUAUAAUAUAAAAUCGUAGUAAAUUCAAGUUGUUUUUUAUAGAUUUUUAUACUUUUUUAUACUUUACUGUUUAUUAAAGAAAACAAAAACUUAAGAACCAAAUAAAAAUGUAUGCAAAAAGUGGUAGCGAUGAGAAGCAAACAUUAAACAAAAUGCGCUGCAGUUAAUGGAUAUUUAUUAUAACCACAAGAAUUUGUAAUUUAUACAAUUAAGCUGAAUAAUAAAAGAAAUAUUAAUACACAAUCAAUAGUCAGAAGUAAAAUCGACCCUUUCUGAAUAAUUAAUAGUUCGCCAUUGUUUUAUUAAUUAGACUAAAAAUCUAACGCUUACUCAAAGUGGUAACAAUUUGCAAUAUACACACAUUAAUAUAUAGUAGUUGUGAAGUACUUUUACAUAAAAUUUCGCCAAGUUUUAUACGCCCUAUUUCGAGCUGCGUCCGAUAUCUCGCAAAAGUAUUUGGAACUCUAUUUUUGACAUCUCUUAUGCUGCUGACUUGAAAGUUAGCUGUAAUUUAAACAAUCAAAAAAGAUUUGUUUUCAUAAAAAUAUUCGAAAGACAUAUUUAGGCGAAAGUUAAUAUAAGAAAAAAUAAAUAAAAAAAUAUUUCGCCAGUUUCAAACGGAAAGCUCUUCCGUAUUCGAUGCUCAAUAGAUGCAGAAACCAGUGACGUAGAAAAUGUGGUUUUACUUCAAAAAUCGAAAACGAUGUUUCUCUUUACAGUAAUGUUUUAACCAAGAUACUUAAAGCCUCCUCUUUUACUUUCUCGAACUUAAACUUUCAACAUGUAACGGCAUUUUCACAUAGCUUUUUAUAAUUGAUUAAUUCAAUACACUUUUGUAUCAAAGGUUUUGCCGAAUUUUUGCUAUAAUAAAUUAAAAAUCAAAACACAUGUAAAUCAGUCUGAAAUGUAAAAAUAAUUAGCAGCUGCUUGUGCUGUGGGUGCAUUCCACAAGCGCUCUAAUGCGUCAUGUUUGAUGCGAUUAAAAUCUCACCGCGGUGGCGCAUAAAAAUAAUAAAAUAAUAAUCGCUGAAGGUUAAAAAAUGCACAAAAUGGAUUUCAUCCAUUACUUUGGAAAAGAAAACAUGUUUUCUAGUCAGAUAUCUUUUAAGGAAACACAAAAAGAAAUCUUUGAGCCUUCUUUCAAUAAAAUAGGGAAUCCGACAACUUUUGUGAGACACUGUCAGUUUAAGGUGGCGAACGAAAUAAAAUGUUUGUUAUUGUAUAUUUUAAAUUUCUGCUUUCAUUUAAAUGCUAGUGCCUAGGGUAUUUUUCGUUUUUUACGAAUAUGUGCAAUAUUUAAUUAAUAAAAUCCCUUGAAGACCGAGAUGUACUUUUUUGAAUAUGCAAAUCUAUAAUAAUAUCAUGGCUCAUAAGUAGUCAACUGGCUAAAAUAAAAAUAAAAAACACAAAUAAAUAAAGAAUAAAAUAACAUUAGGUUAGUCCUUUUUUAUAGAAAUUUUUUAUAUUCGAAAUUUUUUACCUUCACUUUGUUAUUAUUGUAUGUAUAAAGUACAUAUCUGUUGUAUCACAUAUGUAGAGCUCUUAGUUUAUAGUUGUAGUUCGCUAAUAGACAUAAUGUUUUCAUAUUUUUCCUAUUUACACGUAUAUUCACGUUAUUAAUUAAUUAAAUUAGUUAAUUUUUGUUGUGUUUGUUGAGAGUAUAUAUAUUUUGCUUAUUUUUAAAAAUAUUUGAUUUUUAUUAAAUUGUCAUCACUGUUAAAUUGUAAUUAUCAUUUGUAUUUGAAAUUUUUUUUAUAAUGAACAUUAAAAGUUUUGUAUUAUAUUUUUGAACAAAAAUUUAAAAAAAAAAAAUAAGUAAAAGAUUACCAAAUGGUAGCGCGUUUUAUUUCAUGGGCGAUGAAACUUACCUGAGUGAAAUGUACACUAGUGGCAGAAACUAAAUCGUCUAAUAUAUAUAAUUCUGCAAAAAAUAUGUCAAAGCAGCAGUCGUACAUUUGUCUUAAAACAAGAAAAAUUUGUUAAUAACUAAAGACGAAAUAAAAAAAAUGCUCUCAUAAGUGGACUAGGUGUGAUUAUGUACUGAAAAAUUCGUUUUGGGGUGUCCGGUGGUCCUGAAUUUUCAAUAAAGUUUAAUUUAAAA